CUCUUCUUUGCGCUCCUUUGCACUCUUUCAGUUGGCGUUUCAGGCCGGGGUUUUCGUCCACGCCUAUAACUUCCGAUUUCGCCGUCUUGCAACCACGCAUUGCCCUCUCCGGUACAAACGACCUCCCGCAACGGGACUCUCCUCCCCCCUCUUCGCUUGCUGCAUAGCUACCCGCCUUUGGGAGAGGUGGUAUCAACCUCUCAGGAUUCUAAUGCACUCUUGUGUGGUAUUGCCCCGCCAAUCAUUUCUCCUCGCCUUCUCGAAGCUUUCUUCAUGAAAUGAACUUUUUUCGGUAGUGAGAAAUGAACGGAAAAGCCACGACGACUUUGGAUGCUGGACUUGUGGAUGGCCCGUCCAGGUCCUUGUUGCCCACCUACCAACACUAUCUUUCCUUAAUGAAAAACGCAAAAUUUUAGUUAGAAAGGGCGACAAGUGGCAUAAUAUUCCCCAUAGUUUCCUGCGUUUUUGAAAAACAUCCACAUCUUGCCGGUAAAUUUCUCCCUUUUGAAACGGAUGGAAGCCGUCACUGUCCACUUUUCCCUCGUACCGUGCAGCUUUCCCAGCGACAAUGAAGACCCGAUAAACGCGAUCUGCGUCGCUACACCCUCUCUCCCAAAAAUCGUGUGGCUUCGUUUUUUCCCUUUUCUAGAUUUUCCUUCUUCCCUUUUCCACGUUUCCCCCUUUUCUGCCACUAGAUGCCGACUCUGCCUUGUGCAUUCAGUUUCGAACUCGUGUGUCGCUACGGCAAGGAUGAUCCUUGCAAGCGGGUCAAUGCUUCCUUCUUCUAAGAGGGAAAGAACGAAAAUCUUUUCUCGAGUUUUAUUAGCAACUUUCGCACUCUUUUCGCGACCGCCUUGAGCUUCGUUUUCCACUUCAUCAGUACCAUCCAUAUCUCGCGCAAGCUUGUUCUUUUCGUGCGGGACGUUCGAAGCGGUUUUCUUAGGACGGCCGUCAUCGCUUCACUCCUUCAACAAUCGACGGUUUGACAGCGACAAUUGUGAGAGAGUUUCUACACCCGUUGCGCAUAAAGGCGUAACGGCUUUUUCUUUUGCGGCUUGUUCGUCUCCCUUGCACGACCUUGACUCUUGAAACAAUGCGUGCCAUCUGAAUAUAGCCUGUUUCGCCUCACUGCAGUCUGUCGUGGUUGCCUGUUUUUCCCGCUGCGUAGAUCGCUUUUUUGUUGUCGGCAAUCAUGGGGACGAGUUACAGCAAUCCCCUCGUGGAUUCCACCCUUGUUUUCCCUGCACCCCCUUCUUCCUACGGCUUGGACACACCCGGCCUUUUGUUGCUUCGAUCCAAGUACAUCCCUUCUCGGGAGGUUCCAGCGUUUCUCAUUCGACCGCGGCUUACUCCGACACGGCGCGGAUCCGCGCCUUUCGCCGGUUCCUUGCUCUCUGGAGGCUUCCCCUCCCGCUCUCACCUGUCUCCUGGCGUCUGUGCAGCUCCUUGGGCUUCCACUCCCUCGACACCCCGCCCCUGCUCUUCCCCUUGUGUCUCCACACAGAUUUCCGUGGAAACCUCUGUUUCGCGACCUCCUAUUUCCCGCUCUGUUCUGGCACCCGCACGGCAGAAAGACUCAGGAAGCGAUACCCCAGACACUGGAAACUCUGGCUCGGCCGCCGCUGGCCAGCCUUCACGCGGGAAGAAAGGCGCUUCACAUGCAGCUGGCGAGGAGGGCGCUGUUGGAGCCGAGGCUCUCCUCGGCAGGUCGAGCGCCAGUUCCGAUCAUUCCGGGGCCGAGAUAGAGGCAAGCAGCGCGUCUUCGCUGCCUGACUUUGUUUUUCCACGGUCCAGUGUUUCACACGAGACCGCUCCCUCCAGCCCUAAAGCCGCGCAGGCGCUCGGUGGACGAGGUGCUACUUUCUUCGAAGAGUGUAGUGGAAGGUCUUUCGAUGCACAUGGCUUAGAUCACGCGGCCAGGGCUGGACAGACAGCCUGCGGGGCGAGCUGCGGUGGCGCUGAAGGAAGACGGAAGGACGGCAAAGGCUUCUGUCUCCUCUACUUCCACGGAAACGCAUGCGACGCAAACAUGAUGCGCGACUGGCUGCAGAUCGUUGCCGAUGAGCUCGGAGUUACCGUUCUUAUUUUCGAAUAUCCUGGGUACGGCCUUCUCGAGGACUACGAUAAGAGCAGCCGAGGCAUAGACCUGUGCGCGCGGAUUGCGUUCGAGUUCCUUGUGGACAAGCUUUUGUUCCCUAUCGAGAGAAUCAUUCUCUGCGGCCGGUCCAUUGGGACGGGAGCCGCUGCAUGGCUCGCCUCUCAGCUGGCCCAGUGCAACGUCCAAGUUGGCGGCCUCGUUCUUGUCUCCCCUUACGUUUCUUUGGCAGCAGUGGCCUCGGACUGGGCAGACGCGCCUCUGGUUCUCACAGAGGUCUUGGUGCAUCAUCACUGGAACAACGAAGCAGCAAUUGCCAGCAUUCCCACGGUCCCCUUAUGCAUAAUUCACGGGAAGGAGGAUGAUGUGAUCCCCGUCGCGCAUGCAAAGCGGCUGUGGCAAGCGGCGCGUCAGCCGCCUUCGCUUCGCGUUGCUCGGUUUGCGGACGGGAACCACAAUGUUGGCAUGAAUCUGGAGUCGUUUUACGGGGACAUUCUUGUCCCGCUCCAAGUUUUCUUCCGAAAAGUCUCUUCCAAUCUACGCACCAAGAAGGCCGCGAGCCAGACGCGACAACGUGCCGUCGAGACCGCCUCUGCGGCGCACCUCGCGUCUCGGGCGCAUCAGCAGCCGUUGGGGGAUGCCUCUCCUCAUCUCUCUGGGGGCUCCUGGAAGUCUGCGAAGGCUGGAGGCGGCCGCGGCCGCCUCGACCGCACCGUGUCGGGUGUCCGGCACCAGGGGCGGAGACAGGUGUCUCCUAGGGCCGUGCAGGGCCGAGGGUCCGGGUGCCAAGGCGUCGGGAAGUCUGGGUCGCGAAUGCUGCUAUCGCAUCGUCUAGGCACUGGGCCGCAUGCAAAGAGUGACGAGGACUGUGAGGCUGGCAUUGAGGGAGAGUUGAAGAAUUCUUUGCCGUCCCUCGCGAGUCUCGGGUCCCGGCGCCGGGCCGUUCGAGUAAUCCAAGGCAAGAAAGAGUCCACCGAGGAAGCAGGAUCGAGCGACCUUGCGAAAGCCCUAGGAGCGAUGGACAUGGCCUCCCUCGAGACUCGGGCUUCUUCUUCUCCCUCGCUCCACAGCUUCUUGCUCGCCGACGCUGCAGGUCCUCGCGACAGCCUCAGAAAAACCGACAGCAACUUGAGUUCCUGCGCUGACCAGUCUCCGAUCAGGAGCGACCAUCCUCCCUUGCUACCCACGCUGAAAAAGCGCGUCCCCUGGCGGCCGACCACGGUCUCGUUGAACCGGGCGAUCGGUAGUGCCCCGAGUCCUGGCGAGACGAGGACUCCCGGAGAUCCAUGUUUUUCGAAGAAACUCCCCAGACUGCGCAAGCCCGGUUCGUUGCCGCCCCCAGUUUUCGUUUUGAAUGACGUAAAAACUUUGGCAUUUCCUCGUGCAACAACGGACGGGGCUUUUGCGGGAUCGCCUGUCUCGGAGUGGGACGCUGGCGCGAGGCGCAGAAGCAGCAGCUCUGAAGGGAGCUGUGAAGGUCGGCAAGAGCCGGGUCGUCUUCUCGGUCACCGACAGGCCAGUCGUCGCAGCAGCUGGACAGCUGGGGACUCCAUGUGUAUGUCCCACUCGCCAUUAUCGAAAGAAGGAGCCAACGUCUUUAUAGGAGACAAGCACUCAAAAUUUCUGUGUCGAGCCAUGCCGGCGCGAACCGUUUCGGUGGCCGGGCUGCUCCAUCGGGGGAAACACAGAGACAUGGGAGGACGACGGGAGGAAAGCAGAGGGCGGAGACUGGGGAAAGAAGAAAAUGACAGGGAGAGGCGCCUGUCUGAGGCGGGGUACUGGCCAAGCACUGACCAAUCUGUGCACCCUGCCGAGUUGCUGGUGGGACCCGCGGAGCGCGGCGCGACUGCAGAGACACAAGACGAGCCAUGGGAUGACGAAGAGGGAGAGGCUGAGGAAGAAGGUGACGAAAGAGAAGUGGAUGAUGAAGGGGAAGACGAGGAAGAGUUCGUCGGGACAGAUGGAUCUCCGAAGUCCAGGGCACGACUAGGCUCGUGUGACUCUUUACUCGCAGCGUCGUCCCUGCUUGAACCGGAGACGUCUCGACUCUGUUUCUGCGAAGACAGUUAUGAUGGACUGCAGACUGAUGUCGAAGACGGAGACCUGUUUUCAGAUGACGCCUUUGCGUCUGCAGACUCCACACCUUUCCACGCGCCUCACCCAGUCUCUGCCCUUCUCUUCGAAGGCGCUGAUCCUGUCGUGGACAUGCCUUUGCGCUGCGACACCGAGGCUACUGGCUGCGGUGCGUCCGAUGAGAAUCCUGGAAACGCACAGAAGCGCCCUUGGAAAGUAGAGGGGGAAGUUUGUGACUUUUCCGGCCGGCUGGCCCCGGAUCCCGCUCAAGAGAGGGAGUCCCCGUGGCAGAGCGAUCCCACACUCCUGCCCUCUGCGUUCAGACGGCGCUUCUUCCUCAGAGGCAAGAAAGGAUUCGACCGCUUCUUACCUCAACAAGGCCCGUUUUCCAGCUCACCCUUCUUUCCGUCUCUUGUCAAGGCCCCCGCUUCGCCCCCUGAGGCUCCGUCGACCAAGGCGCUCCUCGCCCCGCUGUCCGCGCCGAGCAUCUCUGGAAGGAGGUUUCAGCGACCUUCGCUGUGCCAACUCGACACUCCGAGUUGCGAGAGGACGCCCGAUGCAGGAAAGGGUUCCGGCGCAGAAGGCUUUCAAGAGCCCACAGCCCCGAAGGACUUCAAAGAGCGCACCUGUCCCAGGUCGGCGGCCACGGCCGCGCUGGCCUUCUUCGCCCCGGACGCGAGACGCCACUCGUCGCUUCUCGCAGCGUUUCUGCAGCAGGAGACGUCUCGGGAACUGCAGAGACAGCGAGAGACUCUGGCACGAACAGAAACGACUGACGGCGCUGGCGUUCGCGGCCUUCGGUCCCUGCGUCUACAGCGCUCUUCUCUCGAGCUAGCAGGCGCUCCAGCCCCAGGGCACUCCCCUAUCUCUUCUUCAGGGGCAUCUUCGAAGCCUGGAGACGCGUCGCUGGUCUCCCGAGCCUCCGUUUCUUCAUCGUUUCUCUCGUCGCCUCUUCGAACUGUUGCUUCUUGGAAGUUUCCUGGCGCAAACAAGUCGCCGAGAAAGGCGGAAGGAAAGUCAGACACGACCAGGGAGGGCGACGAAGACGGUCACGAAACUCGAGGCUCUGGCAUGGGCGCUGUUUCUUCUGAUAGACGCCAGAGACCACCCAGCACUGGAGACUUGUCUGAAGGCAAGGCUAUACGCGUGCACUCCUUGGCAGGCGUCACCCCGGGCUUGGGCUCCCCGUCUCUGGUAUCUCCAGCCACUCGACUCGACCGCGGAUUCUUCGCAAAAACAUCCGAAAGGCCCGUAUGCUGGGGUCGUCAGCGCCGGGGUAGAGACCAAGGGACUCAGGCGAGAUGCGAUAGGGCAGAAGCGAAGAGAGAGGGGGAAUAUCGCCUGGACGACGACACGACAGACUCCCCCCUGCUCGGAUACAAAGCACCCCACGACCGAGUCACCGAAUCUGACGCUGGCGCUGUAUUCGGCUUCAGCCGCGAACUUAAGAGAGAAGACCUUUCUUCGAGCGUGCCUUCGGCCCCACCGCCCCUUGGCUCAACCUUCUUCGACCUCGGUCCUGAACAAGAAGGCGGGGACUGUGUGGACCUAUACGGAGCAAAUCCAGAGCCCGACGAUUCGUGGGUCAGCCAAGCGCAAACUUCGCCGAGUCUCUGUGGUUCCUGGCGCCGCCCCAGCCGCCUUCUCCUUCAACAGUCUCUGCACAAGGCAGCCCCCCCGCGAGCGAUUGCUUCUUCACCUUCUCUGCUUCACUUUCUUUCGCCGCGGAGUCCCCCGUUUUUGGGGGCUCGCUCCCUCACUUCGUCCUCGCCCCCAGGGGUCGCGCUCGAGUCUCUGAGACCCGCAGCACCUGCCGAGAAGGUAGACAGCUCGAAAGCUGCAGCUGACAAUGAGAAGACUUCCGCCCGAGUAGGGGAGGUGGACCUAUCAGAUGCUUGGACUCCUCCACAAUGUGGUCUUCUGUCGCGGUCAUGCUCCUUCGGUCCUGAUGCUUCUGGGGGUUUCAGCGGGCCUUUCGAGUCCCCGUCAUCCGGAGGCUUCCCUCGAAAGCUGCACUCAGAUCUGGGGUUCGCUGCGUCUUCGCGUCCCGUCGACGACGCUUCUCGGGUGUCGCGUCGCCCCGCUUCUGUUUCAGCUCCUCCCCGGUCGAAUUCGUGCUCGCCGCCGCGGUCUUCCCCUUCCUGUCCUAUUCUGUUGUCGAUGCAUGCGCCUUCCGCUUCCCCAGUCUCUCGAACGAAAAGUCUGGUGAUUAUGAACCCGGCAAACUGUCCGUCGGUCGUGUUGUCUCCCUCGUCCCCGUUGGAUUUUCUUUCCCGUGACAUGUCAGGACAUGAUGUAGGUCUGCAGUCUGCUGCCCAGAAGAUUCCUUCGGAGGCCUUCUCGCCAUACGCGUCCUGCUCUCUCGCAUCUUCUUCGUUCGCUUCCGCCUCGUCACUGUCUUGCUCGCCUUUGUCGUGCGGCGCGUCUUCGUCUCCGUCCGCAGCGUCUGUCUCUGCUGCCUCGUCUCAGCUGUUGCCAACCUGCCCUUCCUCCACAACCGUGCUGUGGUCCUCCAACCUCUCUGUAGACGCUUCUGCAUCUUUCCCCGCGUCCUCAUCUUCGUGCUCACCUUCAGCCAGCAUUGAUCCUGCCUCCUAUUGUUCCGCCUCUCCCUCUCCAAGCUGUUCUCCUUCCCACAUUACCUCGUCAUCUCAUCUUAUCUCGUUCUCUCCGGAUCUCCCGUCGGCCUUUCACGUCGCUGCGCCUCAUCUCCCGUUUUGUGGCUCCGCCUCUUAUUCGGAACUCGACUCUUCGUCGCCUCUCUCUUCGACUCCUGAUCUUUUGUGGCCGCUAUCUUCUCAGCCGGUUCCUUCGUCUUGCGCUGCUCUCUCUCUGUCGUCUUCUUGUCCUCGUUCCCCGCGUCCGGUCUCCUUCGCCUCUUGCUCUCUCCCUGCGUCUGCCGCGCGUCUGGGCCUACCCUCUCUCGGCUCUCGGGAGACUGUGGGGGGUCGCCCUGCUCCCGCCGAUUUAGAAAUUUCUGUUGCCCCGACAUUGGGAUUGCCUGCACAGACGUCAGAGCUUCUGCGAUUCCUGAGGUGUGACGAAGGCGGAGCCUCGAUUCGUCAGUGUGAGGCCGCCGGGGAAGAUUCCGCGACCCCAGGCGACCUGGUUCAAGCGCAUGCAGCAAAGAAUCUGGGUGAGAAAGAAGAUGAAAAGCAUCAAGGCGAGAAAGCAACAGAGGAAAGUGACGGGUGCGAGAAGAGCGAACCCGGAUUUUACGGAGAGAUUCACAGCGACGAGCUGUCUGCCGCAUCCGCCUCGGGUGUCUCAAUAGCACGCACAUCGUUUUUUUCUUCUCCCUGCAUCUCUCCCGCGACCUGCGAUCUCUCUCUGCCUGUUUCUCUCGCUAAUGCACCGCCUUUGUCUUCUUCUUUCCUACCUGGCCGCGAGGAGAAAGGCGGCUAUUUGCUCGCGUCUAUUGCAAGCGUUAAAGGACGAGGCCUUUCGCUCCUUGAUGCGGAAGGAGAAGAAAAGUCCAUGGAACAGGCCGUGAGCCUUCUCCAGAGGCAUCCCGUCUUCGCGCCGUCGCGCACAACGGAGCUGUCUCUUCAUCUGCACGCGUCGACUGAGCUUGGAAGCGGCAGUUGCCCGAUGACCGAGCCAGCUCUGUUUCUGAGAGACAGGGAAGAGAGCACUACGGAGACGAACGACGUAGCUCUUUUGCUUCCUGGACAGGAAACCAGGCGGAUGGACAGCUUCGAUCUGGAAAAGGACCAAGUGCGCGAAGCGGCUGAGUUCCACUUUUCGUCGCCUUACUCGCCCCUGGUUCUCUCUGGCGGGCCCCCGGCGGGGCUUCGGAACUCGACGGCGCAGCCUGCGCUCCCCAAAGCCGUAGGGGACGCAGAGAGCAGAAGAGAAGCACGCGAAGAAUCGUCGAAAGAAGACGAGGAUGGAGGUGAAACUGGAGAGCAGACUGCGUCUCCGAGGAUUCUCGACCACGCUGAGGGAGAGCACUCGCGGAGACAAAUGGAAUGUCAGGGUUAUAGAGGCAGGAUGACGCCUCAGAGGCUCGCGUGGAGUGCACAGAGCCUCUUGUCUCACACGCACCUGCGUCCUGUGACCGGGAUAGGAAGGGAGGCUGACCAUGAACGCAGACAAAACAGCGACAAAGAAAACGUACCCUUUGACCACAUCGCUUGCUUCUCCUCACCCGCGGUGCGCGCGUGUGGGGGCGUCAUUUCGUCGCCGCAGAGUCCGGUUUCCCCUGAUUUGCCGGAGGCGUCUUCUCUCCCUCUUGAUGCCCAGGUCGAGGCCACAAAGGAUCAAGGGGACUUAUCCGAGCAAGAGGAAACAGAAGCAAAGACGCCUAACUCAACCCCCCAGACGCCAGUAGAGGCCCGCGCAGCUGGUGCCACCAUGUCAUCUGGUGCUUCUUCGGCUCCUGACGAGACAGUUGAGGCCCUGCAGCUCGGCCUGUCUCUUCCGCGGGGCCACGAGACGAAUCCAGGCCUUCUUGAGGGUGAUUCUUUGUCUCGUAAGAGUGAAGAGGAGACAUGCGUCAUGAAACAGCUUGGAUCGGAGAGAUGCUCGUCAGAGAGAGACAGCCAGGAAGGGGAGGAUGCGAGUGACGAGAGGAGCGCCGUCGCGGGGUUUUCGCCUUCUGGAAUCUUCGUCUUCGGCAGGGGAGACCGGGCGGGGAGACCAUGUCCUCCGGCGUGGCCGCGCGACGAUCUCUUUUGUCUUUGCAGCGAAGAGGACAGUCCCCAGAUAACGUUUGUUGGUGAGACUGAGGAGACGCGCGGAGGCCGUUGCGAAGAGCCGGAGAACCACGAACAAGUAGAACUCGCGAAACCUGGGGAGAAGAGAAAACGCGGAAGCCCGUCGCUGUGCCUGGACGGAGACCUCAUCCAGGUUGACACCGACCCGCCUUUCAGGCAAUUGCGAGCACGAGUGGACAAAGAGAACGAAUCCCAGGAGAAUCGACUGGAAGUUACGCCCCAGCGUCACGCUGCUUCGCUCUCAGAAGAGUGCAGAGAGACACAGGUGCCCUUCUCGUGUUCGACAGAGAAAGAGACCCUGAAUUUGAAUCUCGAGGCCGCCCAGAUGACCCGGCAAACAACGUGCAGCGGGUUCGACUUUCUCUUCCCGCAAAAUUUGGAUCCCAACCACGCGGAGACGGAGGAGUUCUUGGAGACCAAGCAGGCGGAGAUGGGGACGUUCUCGUCGCCGACGACCUUCGCGCGCCAUGCUCGUUUUUUCGCGGACGAGACGAAGGCUGUCUGCUCUCUGGGCCGCGUCCGGAUAUUCAAGGACGGGACAGAGCGAGAAGACGAAGAGGACGGCUUCCAGGCGCACGACUCGUUUCUUUCUGAAACAGAGGGGUCGGAGUGGAUGUCGGGCAUCCCUUCCUGCGACCAUCGGGAAGACAAACUGUUCGAGCCGGACUCACCUUCGUUCUCUUCUUCUUCGACAGUCGGCCCGCUCACGCGCAGACACCUCCACUUGCACGCAAGGCGCCGGGAGGGCGACUGGCGCGGGCGGGAGACGGCGCGGCCCUUUCCUGGGCCGCUGUCUUCUGCUGCGAUUGCCUUCUCUCAGCGACGCAGAGUGAACAGAUACAUCAAGCGUGAGGAAGAAUCCGCGGCUCUCUCGAUGCGGGAUUUUGCGGCCCUCCCGCCAAUCGGGGGUCACGAAGGCGUCCGCGUCCCUCAGACCUGUCCAGACACUCGGAGGAGGCGCGGGGAGAUGGAGGCGUUGGACGGAUGUGAAAGAGCUGCUCAGAGAUGUUUGGGAGAGAAAGAUCCGCGAUUCUCUUCUGCUCCCCUCUCCCCCACCUCCCGCGCCACCAGCGCCGCUCUCACCGCUGCCGCGCACGCAGCAGCCGCGGCUGCGGCCUACGCCGAGGCUGCUCGAACCAUCGCUUCGUCAGACAAGGUCCAGCCGACCGCGGUGGUGUCCCUGCGCUCUGCGGGGAGUAUACCCUCCGUGGGGACGGGGCCUUCUGUGGGGAAUGGGUCGUCCGUGGGCACUGUGUCGGGUGCGAGCAGAAGUGACGCCCUCGCCUUCCUGGAGGGCCGACUGCCUCUCCCGGGGAAGCAGGAAGUGGUCCAGCAGUUCCUGCAGGCGCGGAGGCGGGUGAGUCGACACUGCAGCGUCGCAUGCAGUCGCGCAGACUCGCCAGUAGGGGAGCGGUCGCGCCGACUCCAGAAGAGUGAGGAAGCCGUGCCACCGGCGAAGGAAGAACGAGAGGACCAGAAGGGGCAGAACGCCGUGUGGAUCCUUGAAGAUAGACAAGGCGACGAUUUCGAAACGCGUCAUGAACGCCUUAUUUUGGAACAAAAAACUCUCGGAUUCGGCGCCAGAGUUUGUGCAGAGAAAAAGUGCCAACAUAACAGCGGAGAAACCAUUACCAGUGUCUCCUACUCCUCGUCCCUCUCGUGUCUCCUCUCCUCCUUCCUCCCCACACACUUCAGUCUCUCCGUCUCUCUCGGGGGCAUCCAGAAGGAAGGAUGAAUGUCUUGGCGAGAAGAAAAGACACGAACAUGAAGGGAGCAGAGAAAAGUCUUUGCCGUGCAUGUCGAGCUGGAUGGGUCUUAACGUGGAUACGCCACAGUCACGAUCCCCAAUACGCUGGGAUCACGCUCUGUCGGUCCAAGGACCUCUGUCUCAAAACCCUAAAGUGUCAAGCGCUUCUGGAAAUUUUUAAGCGAAUCACCACAUUUUCUCUCGAUUUUCAGCACCCAAACAGAAUCAGCGAGUCCGUGGCUGGCUCAUUUUUGGAGAAAGGCAGCGUUGGGAUUUAUGAAAAUUUUCCUUAGGGAGAAAAGUUCUCAUCUGCUCGGUCGAUUCCACACUCCGCUACACUGCUCCUCCUCACAAAAGCGCUUUUCUUCUAUUGAAAAAGGUCUUUUUUUUCCCAUUAAAAAAAUCCCUUGCCCUCAUAUUAAAGAGGCUUUUCCUCCAUGGUUUAACACCCUGUCCUCAAGACGCACUAGACAAAAAUCAAACGGUGAGCGCCCGGAAGUCAUCUUCACCAAGAACCGAGGCAGACUAUUAAAGUUUCCAUCGCAAAGCUGUCGAUGUCGCAUGCCGAAAGAAAAAGGGUAUGAGAAAAGGGCGGAGCCGGAUUCUGAGUCAGUUUUCUAACUGUGGAAGGGAUUUUUGUUUUUUCUCCGGCUGCCGCGUCCCGAACUCUUCAAUGCAUUGAUAGGUUGUGCAACGCCAUAGGAAAUGGUCUGUAGAAUUAACAUUCGUCUACGUGCUCGGUCUUUUGCCUGCAUGUUGUUUCUGCAGUAGUGUGUUCCAUCUCGGUCUUGUCCGUUUGCGACUCGGAGCGUCCCUCGGCCGCAAACGUCCAUUCCCUGUCGGUGUGCGGUUCAAAGGAGUUGUUACGCAGACAGACUCAGAUCGGCAAAGUAUCUUUUUCGCCAGUCAGUUGAAUGUACGCGGCUAUGCCGCUCGUUGAUCUGACAUCUGAGACACCAUAUUUCUCAAGAGUUCUUGAAGCCGUCAGUCAUUGCUUUGUAUUUCGCUGCUUCGUUUGCAACACCAUAACCAUGGUACGGAUUCGAUGAUAGGGC